AUGGUGCGUGUCGAUCCGAUAUGCACGGCCAUACACUUCGCCCCGAUCCUCGUGCUCCUGACCGUCCACUGCUCUAGCGGGCGCUGGCCAUCGGAUGCAGACUGCGCUGCGCGUGUGAUGCGCCACGGCUUCAGCGUCAACCUGUUUGCCAAGCGACCUGGUCGGGUGCUCACGCACUUGUUCGUGCACAUCUCGUCGAAUCACCUUCUCACAAACGUCCUCUCCUUCGCCGCGACUCUUGCUGAGUUCGGUGACGUAGCGGACACCGCUGCGGAGGGUGCGGUGGCUCGCCGGUGGACCACUUCACGGGACGACGAGGAGCCGAGUGCGUCCCGCGGUGUUGCGGGGAGCUCUGCCGCACAGAGAAUGGCGUCAGAGAUGCGCGCCGUUUUGGGGCAGCGCAGCCGCGUGCAGGCGUGUGCCCGCUCGGCCGGCGCGUUCUUCGUGUGGGCCGUCGGCGGUGCCGUUGGUGGGCUGUGCUCCCAGAUGCUCUACAACAACUUUACGCUGGCGCUGCGUCGCGAGUGCGCUGCGCGGGCUGCUGCCGCUGCCGCCGAUGUGAAGUGUAAAGUUGUGUCUAGUGCCUCAGACGGGCACAUCCUGGAAUCACUCAGCAAAGUUGCCGAAGCGCUCCGGCAGCGCGCGGAGGCGUGCAGCAGCAACUUGGCCGUAUCGGCACAGGAGGCAGUGGACAAUGCGAUGCUCAUGUGCGGGGCGAGUGCGGGCAUCUGCGCCCUCUCUGGGUUCAGCGCCGCCUAUCACGGCCGGUCCAUCACUGCGUUCUGCCUCGUGGUGCCGGAGGCUCUCCUGCUAGCCAAGGACCUCAUCAACCGCUACAUCGCACUGCUGGCGCCGAGCCUCGGCGCGACGGACUACGCGGCAGAGGCAGAGCGGCGUGCGCUGCAGUCGACGUGGCGCAUAUUGAUGCCCACCCAGACCGUCGGCCACGCCGCACACGUGGGCGGCUUCGUCGUGGGUUGGGGCAUGGGCUACUGCUGGCUGUGGGUGCGGAAGUCCCGGCGCCUGCGCCUCACACAAAGCCGUCGACGUGUCGCACAGUGGCUGCCGAGGCCGGGCACACAAGUGUACGUGCGUGUACGGUCGCGUUUCUAG